CUGGUUUAAAAUCUUUUUAAAAAUCCCAAAACCCUCUUUUCCUCUUCUCUUCUCUUUGCUGGCGGAAACAAAAACCCUAGAAAUCAUUAAAUCCUGAUAACGCCCGUCCGUACCAUAACUCUUAUCAUGCACCUUCACUCCUCCACCCUUGAUUCCCUCUCCAAAUCACAAGACCUCGCAUCAUCAAUCCUUUCAUCAUCAACUCCCUCUCAGAUCUCUUCAGUCUGUGCAUCCAUCGACUCAUUUCUACACUUGCACUUGCCCGAUCAGUCUCGCCACUUCUUCUCUCUCGCUUUCCCUACCCUAAUCUGCAAACUCUACGGCUUCUGCGAUGCUUCUAGCAAUGGACCCCACUUAACAUCAUCGUCCAACGGCUGGAUUGAUAUCAUUCUUCAAUCCAACGACUCUGAUCUUGCGUCUAAAGUUUUUAAUCUUCUUUCACCGAACGGUGUUGUCUUUCAGUCAAUUUCAGCUGUCGAUCGUCAAUCGCUUGUUAAAUACGUAUUUCCAACUGAACGGUUACCAGAAUGGGUUAAAAUGAUGUUAUCAAGUGAAAAAGAUGGCAAUUUGUUGAACAAUCUUUGCCCUUUUUUUAGAGGUAAAAUCAAAGAGGAUUCAAUUAAAGGCGGUUCUUUAUAUUACCAAGUUCAAUUAAAUGUGUUUGAGUAUUUCAUGUUCUGGUUUGCUUAUUACCCAGUUAUGAAAGGCAAUUGCGAUCUUAAUUUUACUCCACAAAGUAGAAUUAAAAAAUUAACGUUAGAAAAUUGGACUAAAUCGAUUACUGGGUUCUCGAUUUCGAAGCGUGGAAAUGAACAAAAAUUGGAUUGCAAUCUUUAUUUGCGGCUUCUAAAUGCAUAUUUGCGUGCUUUUGUGCCUGUUUCUGAUUUAGAUUCGCAUCAGCCUUAUUGUGGCUCACUUUUGCAUAAUGGUUAUGUGAUGAAUGACGAUGAGUAUGGAUCAGCUUUGUUGAAAGCGGAGUUUUUGGUUGAUACAUUGGUGAAUUAUUGGUUGGUUGAUAAUGAUUUUUCACCUUUGCCCGUUAACGUUUGUAAAUCUUUUGGAUUGUCAUUUCCGCUCAGGUCGCUUUCAGGUGAGACUCCACCCACUCCUAAUCUAGGUGAGGUGGUCAAAUUGUUGGUUAAGUACUUGAAUCUGAGUGCAAAUAUGGUUAAAGAGCACCGUGCUGAUUGUGUGGAGAGUGCUAAUCGGAAAAGGGUUUCUUUAGGUUCAUUUGAUGUAAAAUCGAGGGAAUUUGCUGCAUCCAUGAAUGGUUCUUCUAUACAUGUGGUCGGCUCAUGGAAUUCGUGGAUUCAGAGACCAGUAUAUAGGUUUAUUUUGAGAACAUUUUUAUUUUGUCCUGUGGAAACCUCUAUAAAAAAUGCUUCACAGGUAUUUUUGGUUUGGGUUAGUUAUUUGCAGCCGUGGAAGAGUGGAUUAGAUGAUUUUCUAGAGCUUGAUGCAAUUGGUGGUGGGUUGGGGAAAGAUGCCAUUAGUAAUGAGGAUGGGUAUUCUUCUCUGUGGCAGGAUUACGUAUUGUCUAACUAUUUGUACUACAGUUCCUUGGUUAUGCAUUUCAUUGGGUUUGCCCACAAGUUUCUUCAUGCUGAUCCAGAAAUGAUAGUCCAAAUGGUAUUGCAGGUUCUGAAAAUACUGACAUCAUCCAAAGAGUUGACUGAUCUAAUCAAGAAUGUGAAUGCUGUUUUUCAUUCCAAACAAGCUGGAUCAGGGAAAUCAAUGCUUAAUGGCUUGUACAGUUAUGUUCCUUUGAUUCGUGAACAGUUGCAGGAUUGGGAAGACGGUUUAUGUGAGAGUGAUACUGAUGGGUCUUUCUUGCACGAGAACUGGAACAAAGAUUUAAGACUCUUUAGUGAUGGGGAAGAUGGUGGACAACAGCUCCUUCAGUUGUUUAUAUUGCGUGCAGAAGCAGAGUUGCAAGCUAAUUAUGGUGAUAACCUUGCUCACAACCUUCAGCUUAUAGAUUCACUGAAGGCACAGGUGAGCUACUUAUUCGGGGGUUCUAUUGUCAGACGACUUUCAUUUACUCCAGAAACAAGACAGCCUGAGCAAUCACGAGAUGAAAAAUUCAAGCCUAGAAGAUCUGGCAACCAGGCAUGGGGUGAUGUGAAAUACAAGGGUGACUGGAUGAAGAGGCCAAUCUCUGAUGAUGAGGUUGCAUGGCUGGUGAAAUUGCUGGUCCGGUUUUCAAGUUGGCUGAAUGAUAGUUUUGGGCUGAAUCAAGUACAGAGCAGCGACAUAGACCCUAAAUGGUCAUAUGUGGAAGUGUCAAAUAACGUGGAAAAUGUAUGUGGACCCACUGAGACUUUGAAGAUGAUGUUGUGUGCUAUUGGCUGUUGGUUUCUUGCGUUCUGUGCUGCAGUAGCAAGGUUAAUGAGAAAGCACGGUCUUAGGGUGAACCUCAGGAUGCUGGCAUCAAAAAAGAUUGUGAUGGUUUUGCUCAUGUCUGCUCUAUUCAGUGUAUUCAAGAAGGCUUUUGCAGUGUUUCAUAGGGUGUAGAUAACAGUGAAGUAAUUGUGAUGGUUUUGCUCAUGUCUGCUCUAUUCAGCGUAUUCAAGAAGGCUUUUGCAGUGUUUCAUAGGAUGUAGAUAACAGUGAAGUAACAAGAACACAUGGAAUGCAAAACAUACAAGAGUGAAGAAUAUCUGAAACAAAAAAAAAACAAAAAAAAGAAACAAGGAGAAAAGAAAUAUACGCUUUUGCACUUUGUGCUGUAUUCAGUUCUUCUCUACUUUGGUUUUUUGUAUCGUCUUUGUAAAUGAGCAUGACACUGUGCAGUAUGAAAAUUUUGAUGGGCAGUUAUCUUUUUUCUUCU